AUGAAUAAAGACAUAGAACUAUUAUCAGAUUUAAUUAUACUUAUAAAACUAUUCAUAAGAUUCACUAUCGAUACUAUUUUAUACCUUAUAGCCCUUAUAAUAAUGGUUAUUAUGGAUUUAAUAAAACUUUCCUUAAGAAAAAGAGAAACAUUUGGUGAAAAAUUUAUUAAUUUUAUCAAAGAUAAUAAAAUAGGUAUAAUUCAGUAUAUACUACUAUUAGUAUCUCCUCCUUAUUCUAUACUAUGGUAUGUUGUUCAAGUUUAUACAUGUAUAACUUCUUUCAAUAAGUCUCAAUUUGAAAAUUUAUUGAAUCUUAUUCCUUUCGGUAUAAAUUGUAUUUACGCUUAA